CAAAAGGUUAUCGAGUUAAAAUCCAAUACAUUAAUGCCAAAGUAUUCCUCUUAACAGGACUGCUAACAUUAACAUGUUCAGUUUUAACGCAUUUAAGUUACCCUGUAAUCAUGGGUAAAUCACAUUAUUGACCACAAAGCUGACGAAUAGUCAUGAUUAAUGGGGUUUUAGAGGAAGAGGAGGGGCAGAUGAUUCAUCGCUAGGGUUAAAAGAGCGAGUCAGGAGAUGUGUGUCCCCUAGAUACUCAAAAUCAACAAUUUGUGAUGUUUUGGAGAGUAGACAGUAACGUUACCAGGUCUGAGGAAUCUGUUGAUUUCUCCCUUUAUGGAUUUAUGAAGAUAUUUGCUCUCCUCAAAUUAUGGAAAACCAAAGACAAAAUAAUAUGUCAAUGGUGCCAUGUUACGUCUGGUAGGAUGAUCAAAAGUCAAGAGCAAGAUGAAUUCAUUGCAGUGAGAGUUCAGGAUCCUCGUGUUCAGAACGAAGGGUCGUGGAACUCAUUUGUGGACUUCAAAAUUUUCCUUCAUACAAACAGUAAAGCAUUCACUGCCAAAACAUCCUGUGUGAGGCGGCGAUACAGCGAGUUUGUGUGGUUGAAGAAAAAGCUGCAAAAGAACGCUGGUCUGGUGCCUGUUCCUGAUCUUCCCAAAAAGUCUUUCUUCUCGUUUAUUACCGAUGACUUCAUUGAAAGAAGGAGAAAGGGUCUUCAGAGCUUCUUGGAUAAGGUGCUGCACAUGACAGUAUGCCUGUCAGAUAGCCAACUCCAUCUUUUCCUGCAGACUCAGCUUCCUGUCAAGCACAUUGAGGACUGUGUGCAGGGUCACACCCCUUACACUGUGACAGAGGCCAUUCUGAAUUAUGCUUCCUCCAACCUCGGCUGGGUCCAGGAGGAAGGGGCCGGGGCCCAAGAAUUAUGGCCCACCCCUGUUCCAUACGAAUCUGUAGAGAGUCCUGCUCCUCACCUCCCUUCAUUACAAAGUCCAGGAGCCACAUUCAAUGGACCUCCAAAUGAACUUGCAGACGUUUCAGACUCCGAGUGCGGACUGAGUGACGCAGAUCAGACUGCACAUGACCUGAAGCAGAUUAUUGACCAUGAACAGCUGCCUCAAGAGGGAGAGAAUUGCAUUAAACUAGUAGUUGAAAUCCACCCGAAUCUUGUUGGUUCUGUAGAGACUGAGGAAGAGGGUGGAAACAUUGGAUCAAAUAAGGUCACCAAAGAUCUACAAAGGUAUGAUUGUGAAUAUCCUGCUCCACAGACAGAUGGACACCUUGAAAAUGAGCCUCUGCAAGGAGAUACAAGCAAUGAAGAAGAUCUUGAUCAAGAAACGUCUGUUGGCGAAGAUGUUGUUGACAUAACCUCAGUAGAUGGAGUCAUUGAGGAAAGGACUCUAGGUGAUAUCAAUGAAGCGAAGAAGGGAGGUCAAGACGCUGGACUUGAACAGGACAGCACUGUGAGACAAACCCCUAAAGAGGACCUUUAUGAAGAAGAUCCAAGAGUAAGGAUCCAUAAUAACGAAGUAACUCUGGAUCUCAGUGCUGUCAAGGAAGACAAUGCUAAGCAUCACAGAGAGAAUGUACUUGAAAGCGCAGCUACAACUGUAGAUGUUGCACACCAUGAUGCUUUUGAGGAGAACAUGCCAAAUACUAAAGAUCAUGAUAAAGCAGAAUUAACAGCGAACCAUAUGGUCCAAGAGAAUGGAGUCAGUGAUGAAGACUACAGCGAAGAUGCUGCGAUCCAGGAAGAGGCCAUGAAUGCAAAUGUGGAGCAUAUAGGUGAGGUGAACAAGCUCAAUGCAAAAUGUCAUCAGCCCGGGAGUGGCAUUUUGAUACUUGAGGGAAUUGAGGAAGCAGUGAGUACACAAACCGACCCCGUGACAGAGACUGUCAGCAACCUUGAUGCAAAUACUGCUGAUGUCAACAAGCUUGUUUUACAAGCCAUAAAGAUUGAUUCAAUGCAAUGUCAGGAGACAGACAGUCAUAUAAUCAGCAUUACCCACCAACCAGAUACUAACUAAUUCCCAUUGGAAUUGGUACGGUCAUAGACUGGACCCAUUGUGUUCAAAGAGUCCUCCCACCAGCUCUUUCUCAGUCAACAUCCAAGACGUUCUUCUACUGUGAUCUCAGAAUGAGUGAGUGAAUGUAGCUGUAAAGGGAGGAACACGUCACGUUUUUUUGCAUUGGUCCACUCUUGUUUUUUUCAGUUACAGACUGUUUACAGAAGAUACACUGAAUGAUUAGACAGGCUGUGUUUUUCCCAACAAACAAUGUGAACAAACAGAGAUAAUGCACUUACUAAUGUGCCAUUCAGGAUCGUGAGCAAAUUGCACUUGCCACGAUUAAUUAUGAAUCCAUUGUAGUGAGUGAGAAAGGGAACUGUACACAGAGCAGCAUAUAAAUCGCUAUGGCACCUUGAUUCUAAUUUUCUCCAUUCUAAAUCAAAAUAGUUUUGUGUUUGUACGAUUGUAGCAACUUUACCGUCAAUCAAGAAUUACCACAUGACAUGCUGAUCUAUUGUAGCAUUUUCAAAACCCAAUUUUGACUGACUUAUCACUUUCUAAAGCACUUCCCUUUUUUCCAACGGUAAAAACAUGUUGCUUGUUU